AUGUUCUCCGGGUGGUUCGCGGGGCUAAAGAGGGGCUUGGCCGCGCCCGCCGGAAGGGUCGUGCGGCUGCUCCGGCCGUCUCUGCCCAGAGGUCUGCGGCUGAGUGCACCGCGGAGAGUGCCAGAACUCAGUAGCUUUGUUGCCCGGACCAACACGUGUGGAGAGUUGCGUUCUUCGCACGUAGGUCAAGAAGUCACCUUGUGUGGAUGGAUUCAGUACCGAAGGCAAAACAUCUUCCUGGUGUUAAGAGAUUUCCAGGGGCUUGUUCAAGUUCUCAUUCCUCAGGAUGAGUCCGCUGCUUCCGUGAAGAAGAUUUUAUGUGAAGCCCCCGUGGAAUCUGUGGUGCAAGUGUCUGGGAUAGUGGUUUCCCGGCCUCCAGGACAAGAGAACCCAAAAAUGCCGACAGGUGAGAUUGAAGUUAAGGUUAAAACAGCUGAACUUCUGAAUCCGUGCAAGAAGCUGCCCUUUGAAGUUAAGGACUUUAUGAAGAAAACAGAGGCUCUUCGUUUGCAGUAUCGCUACUUGGACUUGCGCAGUUUCCAAAUGCAGUACAACCUGCGGCUGAGGUCCCAGAUGGUCAUGAAGAUGCGGGAGUAUCUCUGUAACCUGCAUGGGUUUGUGGAUGUAGAAACACCGACACUGUUUAAGAGGACUCCAGGAGGUGCAAAAGAGUUUGUAGUACCAUCCAGGGAACCUGGAAAGUUCUAUUCUCUCCCUCAGAGUCCACAACAGUUUAAGCAGCUUCUGAUGGUUGGUGGUUUAGACAGAUAUUUUCAGGUUGCCAGAUGUUAUCGAGAUGAAGGCUCGAAGCCAGACAGACAGCCCGAGUUUACGCAGAUUGACAUAGAGAUGUCUUUUGUAGACCAGACCGGGAUCCGGAGUCUAAUUGAGGGUUUGCUCCAGCAUUCCUGGCCCAGGGACAAAGGGCCCGUGCAGGCGCCUUUUCCUGCUAUGGCUUUUGCUGAGGCUUUGGCCACCUAUGGAACUGAUAAACCCGACACUCGUUUUGGGAUGAAGAUUGUAGACAUCAGUGAUGUGUUCAGAAACACAGAGGUUGGAUUUCUUCAAGAUGCACUUAGUAAACCCCAAGGAACCGUCAAAGCCAUGUGCAUCCCUGAAGGAGCAAAAUACUUAAAAAGGAAAGAUAUUGAAUCGAUUAGGAAAUUUGCAGCUGACCAUUUUGAUCAGGAAGUCUUACCUGUGUUCCUGAAAGCCAAUAGGAACUGGAAUGCUCCGGUUGCUAAGCUUGUGAUGGAGGAGCAAGGACUGGGCCUGAUGAGACGAAUGGAGAACCAGGAGGAGGACAUGGUCCUGCUAACGGCCGGAGAGCACAAGAAAGCAUGCACUUUGCUGGGAAAACUCCGGCUGGAAUGUGCUGACCUUCUAGAAGCGAGAGGAGUGCUGCUCCGUGACCCAGCUCUGUUCUCUUUCCUUUGGGUGGUGGAUUUCCCACUCUUCCUUCCCAAGGAGGAAAACCCCGGGGAGCUGGAGGCAGCCCACCACCCGUUCACGGCUCCCCAUCCCAGUGACAUCCACCUUCUCCACACUGAGCCCGAAAAGGUCCGUAGCCAGCACUAUGACUUGGUUUUAAACGGCAGUGAGAUAGGAGGCGGUUCUGUCCGAAUUCACGAUGCACAGCUCCAGCGCUACAUCCUGGAAACAUUACUGAAGGAAGACGUGACAUUGCUCUCCCACCUGCUCCAGGCUUUAGAUCACGGGGCGCCCCCUCAUGGAGGAAUUGCCUUAGGGUUAGACAGACUGAUCUGCCUUGUCACUGGAGCGCCAAGCAUCAGAGAUGUCAUAGCCUUCCCAAAAUCCUUCCGGGGGCAAGACCUCAUGAGCAAUGCCCCAGAUUUUAUCCCUCCUGAGGAUCUGAAGCCCUAUCAUAUUCAGGUCUCCUGGCCAACAGACAAAGAAACGGAAAAGAACCCAUUGA